AUGGCGUUCAGUCCAUUCCAGUGGCUGUACUCAAUACUGCAAUGGAUUCUGACUAGCAUCUUCUCGCCCGAUCCUCCGGCUCCUGGUGCUCGAUUGCGACGGCCUAAAAUUGCCAUUGUUGGUGCUGGUCUGACGGGAGUCUCAGCUGCCAGUCAUUGUGUUGGCCAUGGCUUCGAUGUUGUACUCUUCGAAGCAGGAGGGAAGGAUCACCUUGGGGGAAUAUGGAGUAAAGUCAACAGCACAUCCGGACUCCAGAUCCACAGUAUCAUGUACCGUUUCCAUCCUGGAGUAAAGUUUGACGAGGGCUACCCUAAGCAAAAUGCGAUCGUGGGACAGGUCGAAAAGCUAUGGAAGAUGUAUCACCUUGAGGACAAGACGUUGUUCAACACCAAGGUCGAGAAGGUUUAUAAAGACAAACAGAAUCGUUGGAUCGUCAAUGAUCCCUCGAAUGGCAGAUUUGAUGGCGUGAUCGCUGCGGUUGGUACUUGUGGUGACCCAAAGAUUCCUCAUCUCCCCGGCCAGGACAAGUUUAAAGGAGAGAUACAUCAUUCUUCUAACCUUGAUGGCAUCGACGGCAAGGGCAAGAAAGUGACGAUCAUUGGUGGCGGAGCUUCAGGUGUUGAGGCCCUUGAGUGGGCAGUAGAAACAGGUGCUAGUGAGAUCAAUGUUCUUGCUCGAUCAGACAAGUGGAUCGUUCCUCGUAACGCCUUUGUCGACAUCCUCCUCGCAUUCAACAUUUUCGGGCAAGAAACCUUGUUCUCGUGGGUACCCGAGAAUAUCCUUAGGUUGUUCUUCUAUCGUGACCUGAAGGACAUCGCUCCAGCUGAUCAAGGUCUAUUCACAGAAACUCCUAUGGUCAAUUCAGAAAUCUUCAGACAAAUACGCCAGGGCAAGGCCAAAUGGCUUAGAGGAGAUAUCGAAGACUUGACUGAACAAGGUGUCCAGUUCAUUAAACGUGCGAAAGGAGUUCCCAAGGGUGGGCCUGGACAUUCACUUUUAGUCGAGGCAGAUGUGAUCAUUAUGGCGACCGGCUAUAAACGUCCCUCGCUUUCUUUCCUGCCUGACGAGGUCUUCGAAGAGCCUUACGGACCGCCAAGAUGGUAUUUGCAAGUAUUUCCUCCAUCGCAUCCUUCCAUUUGUGCCAACAACUGCACGUACGUCAACGCAAUUGGCACGGUCGGCAAUUACCAUAUCGGCAUCUAUACUCGAUUACUGUUAAUGUUCCUGGUCGACCCCUUAACAACACCAAAGACCUUUUGGAUGAAGAGGUGGAUUGACAUGACCUCGACCCUCAAGGCACUCGCGCCUACCAGAGCCUUUGAUUUCUUCACAUACUCUGAGCUCAUCUAUUGGUUCUGCUUCGUGGUGUUGAUAAACCCUUUUCGAUGGAAAUGGGCGCUUUUUGUGUUCUUUGGUAUUGGCAAAGGACUACCAGCACGAGUGGUUGGACAUGAGGACCGCCUGAGGAAUGGUCUAGGCUACAAAAAGAGCUACUUAGAUUAG